CAAAAUUUUGAAGGUAAUAAACUUUCUGAUGGUGGAGAGAAGCCAUGGCGGCAGAUGAUAAAGUUGCCAUCCUGACUGACGAUGAAGAGGAGCAGAAGAGGAAAUAUGUACUUGCUGAUCCCUUUAACGGCAUUGCCAGGGAACAGGAGCCGCCUGCAAAUGAAACGCCCUCCUCUACAGAAACUGCUGCUAUUCCCAAUGAGGAAAUAGACUGGAUAGAGAAGCAUUGUGUGAAAAUCAACAAUGAUCUUCUAAUUUCCAAGGUAUUUUAUUUUUUCUUUUACUCCGCCUAUGGCUCUCUUUAUCCACUUUUGCCUGUGUAUUACAAACAGCUGGGAAUGACCCCCAGCCAGAGUGGACUGCUAGUAGGAAUUCGAUACUUCAUUGAAUUCUGCAGUGCCCCCUUUUGGGGAGUGGUUGCAGAUCGCUUUAGAAAAGGCAAGAUUGUCCUCCUGUUUUCCCUCUUAUGUUGGGUGUUAUUCAACCUGGGCAUCGGAUUUGUCAAACCUGCCACCUUGAGAUGUGUACCAAAGAUAAUCCCAACGGCUCACCCCACAAAUUCAAGUCACCCACUGACCACUAUGCCAACAAAUUCUUCCACGACCCCUUUGAUGACCACAGCACAGAGAAUACGGGAGAAAAGGAGCCUGUUCUCAUCUAGUUCGCCAGAGAUGCUAAACAGCUCAGACUCCAACUUCACAGAAACUGCUGUCUCUUCCAUCGCUCCAAGCAAGACCCCCCUGUCCACCCUGUGGCCUCACACGGAUGAAGCUACUAGUGCCGUAAUUGACUUCACCUUGAACCCAAGCACGGCCAGCCCGACCCACCCAGGAAAUGUGACCAAGUUGACCACCACGGCUGUUUUCACGACCACAAAACCUUUACCUUCAGACCGGGUCACACUCGUUUAUGAUCAACAAGAGGUCGAAGCUAUCUUCUUAGUGAUCUUGGUCGUUGUCAUCAUCGGGGAGUUUUUCAGCGCCUCUUCCGUCACAAUUGUGGACACGGUGACACUCCAGUACCUGGGCAAACACCGAGACCGAUACGGACUGCAGCGCAUGUGGGGGUCUCUGGGCUGGGGUCUGGCCAUGCUGUCUGUGGGCAUCGGGAUUGACUACACCCACAUUGAAGUGUUUAUCGACGGAAAGGGGUGUAAGCCCCCCGAGUACCGCAACUACCAGAUCGUCUUCAUCGUCUUUGGCGUGCUCAUGACCAUGGCCUUGAUUGUUGCCACCCAGUUCCGGUUCCGCUACAACCACUUCAACAGUAAUGAAAGCAAAGGGAAGGAGGUAGAGAUCCCACAGGUGGAGAGGAACAGCUCUACCGAGUCCUCUGAGGAGACCCCAACCACCACGAGCCACUCGCAGGCCUUCAACUUCUGGGACCUGAUCCGACUGCUCUGCAGCGUGCAGUACGGCUCAGUGCUGUUUGUGGCCUGGUUCAUGGGGUUUGGCUAUGGCUUCGUCUUCACCUUUCUCUACUGGCAUCUGGAGGACCUGAAUGGAACCACCACCCUCUUCGGGGUCUGUUCCGUCCUAAGUCAUGUGUCUGAGCUGACAGCUUAUUUUUUCAGUCACAAGCUUAUUGAGUUGAUUGGCCACAUCAGGGUUCUGUAUAUUGGUCUGGCUUGCAACACGGCUCGCUAUAUUUAUAUUUCCUACCUGGAAAAUGCCUGGACUGUUCUCCCCAUGGAAGUUCUUCAAGGGGUGACGCACGCAGCCAUCUGGGCAGCUUGUAUCUCUUACCUCAGUGCUGCGGUUCCCCCAGAGCUGAGGACUUCAGCUCAGGGCAUCCUGCAGGGCCUACACCUGGGCUUGGGCCGUGGCUGUGGGGCCAUGAUUGGAGGCGUGCUAGUCAACUAUUUCGGGGCUGCUUCGACCUUCCGAGGGAUUGGUAUGGCCUGCCUGGUAAUCCUCCUGCUCUUCAGCCUGAUACAGUGGCUGGCAGUGCCAGACGAGGAAGAAGACAAGACAAUGCUGGCAGAAAGAAUUCCUGUUCCCUCAAGUCCUGUUCCCAUAGCAACCAUCGACUUGGUCCAGCAACAGACAGAAGAUGCCAUGUCACGCAUUGAGCCCAGACUUCCACCCAAGAAAACCAAGCACCAGGAAGAACAGGAGGAUGUGAAUAAGCCAGCCUGGGGGGUCAGCUCUUCACCCUGGGUCACCUUUGUCUACGCACUCUACCAAAUUAAAGAGAUGAUGCAGUUAACCAGAGACAGCCGUGCUUCUGAGAUCCAGCCUUUACAGGGGACCAGUGAGCACCGGCAGCCGUCCCCGGCGGUGCCCCGGCAGCCUCCCUCCGACCCAUCUCGAAACCAGCCAUCCCCGCAAGCAGCAGCGCCCCAGAUGCACAGCGGCGGCAGCCCUGCUCCCCCGAGCGCAGAGGGGUGCCCCGAGGGUGGGGACCGGCAGGUUCCGGCCGGGGAAGGACACUGAGGGCCCUGCUCUCCUCAAACCCUGCAUGGAACUCGGCUCCUCUCCUGGGGACCCUGGGAGAGGCACCGGGACCCGCCUCACUCGC